UUGAUUUUGCAGACACUUUUAUCCAAAGCGACUUACAAAUGAGGAAAUACAAGCAAAGUGAUAUAUCAAGCAGACAACAAUACAAGUAGUGCUGCAAUACAAGAUUUAUAAUUGAGUUCUAGAGAAGCAAAGUGUGCAGAGUAAAGGUGUAAGAGCCAGUGUUUUUAUUCAUGUAUUUAUUUAUUUAUUUUUAAUAAUGGGGAUUUGGCAGGUUAGGGGUUAGUUAAAUGCUCAUGGAAGUGGUGGGUCUUUAGCUGUUUUUUGAAAAUAGUGACAGAUUCCGCUGUCCAGAUUGAGGUUUGAAGGUUGUUAUUAUCAUGUUAUUAUUAAGUUAUUUUUUAUUUUAUUUUUUAUGGUGUGCUGUGUCAAAUAGGGAGUCAUUUCAGAAUAGCCACCUGUUAAUGGGUUCUACAUAGAACCUUUAAGGGUCCUCCAGAUGGCGGAACUAAUGAAACCUUGGAACCUUUUUUUUUUUUUUAAGAGUGUAGCCUACAAUUCGGGUAAUAUGUUGCUUACGAAACACUAAAAAAAUAAAAUAAGGAAGCAUAACUGUAUACCAAUCUAUGUCAUCAUACCAUACAAUUUAUAUUCCAGUGUGGCUGUUUUAUGACACAUCAAUACAUUAUUACUGUCCAUUGCCUACCAAUACUACAGAUAGACCGAAUACAUUAUACAUUAUGUGAUCUGGUAUUUGUCACAUAUGAGUGUUUUGGAACUAAUCGGUGAAUACAUGAACUUCUUUUCAAAUCCUAAAUACAAGUGGAAGCUUUGUAAACAAUUUUUCACACUUGAGUUUCUGACUUCUUAUGUGUUUCAUCAAGAGGUACAGUAGGAAAGAACAGUUUGAAGGUUGGAUAAAGGGAAUAAUAGUGGUCUAGUUUCUGAUUAUGUACAUGUGAUUGUGUACUUCUAAUGAGCAGGAGAAUGUAGCAUGAGACAAGUCAAACCAGUUAACUAAGCGAAACUAGUUCAACCCUAAAGUAGAUAAUGCCCAAGAUAAAUAUAGCAUACCAAAAAAGUUCUACUCAACCAAAGGUUUUUUACGUGAGGAAUACAACACACUGGGGUGUAUAGGGUGGUGUGAUUCCAUUACCAUACAGUAGUUAAUUGUUUGUUUGUUUUUUUCAAAGUCAAUGUAUUAAUGAAUUGCACAUAAUACUUUUGUUUUAAAUAAAUAUAAACACAUACAAUAAUUUAUAUAAACAAUUUGUCAGAAUAUUGAAUAUUGAAAUAAAAUAAAAAUAAAAUCUUCAUGGGGUUAAGGUACAACUAAGUGAAAAGGAUAUAAUUUUCCAUUAUUGUGGAAGUGAUGUGGAUGAUAAUAAUAAGUUUGUUUGAUAUCUUUUUUUUUUUUUUAAUUAUAUAGAAAAUACUAAAUCCAUAAAUGCAAACCCCAAGGAUGCAAGAAUUUAUGAUGGAAAUGGAUCUUUGUAUAAAUGUAAAUAAUUUAUACAAAUCCAUGUACACCUCCUGUGUUGAUUACAUGUGUAUAUGCUCUAAUUCUUUCCUUCUUGCUUGUCUUAUUUAUUAUGCUGUAAUGUACGGUUCUAUUAAUCUGUAUUCAUCCUUUGUAAAUGUAUUAAGUGUCUUUUUUUAAUGAACACCUUCUGACCAAUCGGAAUCGAGAGUCCAACAUCGCGCUGUUUUAUUAAAGAAAGUUGAAACAGUGUUAAAAUCUCGAUGUUGAUUAAAAAUAAAUGAAUAAAAUACAACACGUCCCUUUUAGCUGCGAAACGUUGCUUGUGUAAAGAGCUCCAUCUAGUGAACGAAGAUAUCUAACUGGGUGAAACCUAAAUCGCAGGGGUUUUUUUUACACGCUUAGUGCACUAUCUGACGUAGAAAUCAUUAUUUCGUGCCCUACGUAGUGCUCUAAUGUGUGGAGUACGUAGGCGUUUGGGAGGUAGCCGCUGAGUCGUUUUUGCAGCAGUACACGCCUGGUUUCCGGCAGUAAAACCGUGGAGGAUGAGGGGUAAGAUGUCCGAGGCUCAUGCCGAGGCGGGAAACGACAUCAUGCCGGCAAAAAAGCAGAAACUGAGCAGCGAUGAAAACAGCAACCCUGACCUCUCCGGGGAUGAAAAUGUAAGCGAAGACGAUGCUGUCAGCAUUGAGAGCGGAACGAACGCUGAGCGGCCCGACACUCCUACAAACACAGCUAGCGCCCCGGGAAGGAAGAGCUGGGGCAAGGGCAAGUGGAAAUCGAAGAAAUGCAAAUACUCCUUCAAGUGUGUUAACAGCCUGAGGGAAGACCAUGGCCAGCCUUUGUUUGGGGUCCAGUUCAAUUGGCACAGUAAGGAGGGCGACCCCCUCGUCUUCGCAACAGUGGGAAGCAACAGAGUCACCUUAUAUGAAUGUCAUUCCCAAGGAGAGAUCCGGCUCCUGCAGUCUUAUGUAGAUGCAGAUGCAGAUGAGAACUUCUACACCUGUGCUUGGACGUAUGACACCAGCACCAGUCACCCUCUGUUGGCGGUGGCUGGCUCCCGAGGCAUCAUCCGCAUCAUCAACCACAUUACUAUGCAAUGUGUCAAACAUUAUGUGGGACAUGGAAACGCAAUCAACGAGCUUAAGUUUCAUCCGAGAGAUCCCAACCUACUGCUGUCUGUGAGCAAAGACCAUGCGUUACGGCUGUGGAACAUCCAGACGGAUACGCUCGUAGCCAUAUUUGGAGGUGUGGAGGGCCAUCGAGAUGAGGUCUUGAGUGCGGACUUUGACCUACUAGGGGAGAAGAUCAUGUCCUGUGGAAUGGACCACUCUCUGAAACUGUGGAGAAUAAACUCAGAGAGAAUGCAAAAAGCAAUACGAGGCUCUUAUGAGUACAACCCCAGCAAGACCAACAGGCCUUUUGUGUCUCAGAAGAUUCACUUCCCAGAUUUCUCCACACGGGACAUCCACAGAAACUAUGUAGAUUGUGUGCGCUGGCUUGGGGAUUUAAUUCUCUCCAAGUCCUGUGAAAACGCCAUCGUGUGCUGGAAACCCGGGAAGAUGGAGGAUGAUGUUGACCACAUCAAGCCCAGUGAAUCCAACGUGACCAUUCUGGGCCGAUUCGACUACAGUCAGUGUGACAUCUGGUACAUGCGCUUCUCGAUGGACUUCUGGCAGAAGAUGCUGGCUCUGGGAAAUCAGGUUGGAAAACUGUACGUGUGGGACCUGGAGGUUGAAGAUCCUCAUAAAGCAAAGUGCACCACUCUCACGCUUCCUAAAUGCACUUCAGCCAUCAGGCAGACCAGCUUCAGCAGAGACAGCAGUAUUCUCAUAGCAGUGUGUGACGAUGCGUCUAUCUGGCGCUGGGACAGGCUACGCUGAUGACCUUUCAUACCCCGAUGCUUUUUUUCCCCCUCUCUGACCGCUAGAAAGGAGCGCUCGUCACAGGACACGUUCUUUAUGGUUGAGCAACCCGGACUAUGGAUGCUUAUUAGCUUAAGCUUUGGAAGUUGCUUACCUCAGAUGUGUCUGCUUUUUUGUUCUUUUGUUACCUUUUUCUGUCUUUAAUAAAACCUAUUUUUACUUG